UGGACGAGAGGACCUGAGCUGCGGAGAGGACCUGAGCUGCGGAGAGGACCUGAGCUGCGGAGAGGACCUGAGCUGCGGAGAGGACCCGAGCGGAGCUGGACCUGAGCGGAGCGCGUGCGCGGAGAGUCCGGAGCGCGUGCGCGGGAGGAGGAUUUGUUGUUUCUCGUGUUUUGAUCCACGGAGGAUCCGGAGCUUCACCUGGAUCCAGAGGAGCGCGCGCGCGGACACGGGCUUUUCCUGAAACACGACGCGGUUGUGCGUGAACGUUUGGAUGGAUUUACGCGCGUGAUUCGUGUCCGGACGGUGCGUGGAUCCGCGGAUGGCUCGGCCGCCUCAAACCUGUUCCGCGCGGGGUUUGGAGCGUGCGCUGUGCCGCGCGCGCUCUUCCUCCGCUCCACGCACGCUCUGAGUGCGGGAUCAGCUGAUGGCGCGGGACGGACACGGACACGAGUCCACGCUGGAGAGUCACGUCACUGUGUGAGAAGAUCAGGGGAAGUAACGCUGUGACCCGGUGUAAAUGUCUGACCCGAGGUAAACACGAGCGGAGCUCAGGUCAGACCCGCGCGGAGCCUCUGUGCGGGAAACACGCGGACUCCCCGUUACCACGAGAUUUUACUACGAGAGUUCAGUCUGGAGCUUUUACACUCGGAGCUUUUACUCUGGGAUCUUUGACUCGGAGUUUUGACUCGGUGUUUUGACUCGGUGCGUGACACAAACAUCGCGCUGAGACAAAAACAAAGACUCUUCUUCACGCUUCAGGAUGUAUCCACAAGGCCGACAUCCGGCUCCUCUUCAGCCUGGACAGCCUGGAUUCAAGUUCACUGUCGCCGAGUCCUGUGACCGGAUUAAAGACGAGUUCCAGUUCCUCCAGGCGCAGUACCACAGUCUGAAGCUGGAGUACGACAAACUGGCCAGUGAGAAGACGGAGAUGCAGCGACACUAUGUCAUGUAUUAUGAGAUGUCCUACGGCCUGAACAUCGAGAUGCACAAACAGACGGAGAUCACCAAACGACUCAACGCCAUUUUAGCUCAGAUCAUGCCCUUCCUGUCCCAAGAGCACCAGCAGCAGGUGGCGCAGGCGGUCGAGCGAGCUAAGCAGGUGACUAUGAGCGAGCUGAAUGCCGUCAUCGGGGUACGUGGACUUCCCAAUCUGCCCCUCACCCAGCAGCACCUGUCUCACGCGGCUCACGGCCCUGUCCCCCUGCCCGGGCACCCCCCGCCGGGUCUGCAGCCGCCGGGUCUGCCCCCCGGCGCCGCCUCCGCCCCCGGCCUCCUGGCGUUAGGAGCUCUGGGGAGUCAGGCCCAUCUCCCCGUGAAGGACGAGAAGAACCACCACGACCUGGAGCACAGAGAAAACACCAAUAACUCGGUGUCGCCCUCGGACAGUUUACGCGCCGCCACAGAGAAGCACCGCGGCUCCUCGGACUUCAGCCUCGACUCCAAGAAACGCAAAGUGGACGAGAAGGACCUGAGCAGAUACGACAGCGACGCAGAGAAGAGCGACGACCUGGUGGUGGACGUGUCCAACGAGGACCCGGCGACUCCUCGUGCCAGCCCCGCCCCCUCUCCGCCCGAAAACGGCAUCGACAAGCCCCGCCCCCCGAAGAAGGAUACGCCCAACAGCCCGGCAUCCGUGGCGUCGUCCGGCAGCAUGACGUCGUCCAAGACCAAAGAGCUCGGUCAUAAUGACAAAUCUUCCACGCCGGGUCUGAAGUCCAGCAGCCCCACCCCCCGGAACGACGCCCCCACCCCCGGCACCAGCUCCACCCCCGGCCUCAGACCCGUCCUGGGCAAACCGCCGGGCAUGGAGGCUCUGGCCCCGGCUCUGCGCUCGCCGCUGUCGUACCCGAGCCCGUUCGCCAUGAUGGGACACGAGAUGAACGGAGGCCUGAGCCCUGGAGUCUACGGCCUCCACAUCUCCCCCCAGAUGAGCGCCGCCGCCGCCGCCGCCGCCGCCGUGGCCUACGGGCGCUCUCCUAUGGCGUUUGACCCUCACACUCACAUGAGAGCUCCUGGACUCCCCGCCAGCCUCACGACCGUCUCCGGAGGAAAACCGGCCUAUUCGUUCCACGUGAGCGCAGACGGGCAGAUGCAGCCGGUGCCCUUCCCUCCGGACGCUCUGAUUGGCCCCGGGAUCCCACGUCACGCCCGUCAGAUCAACACGCUGAGCCACGGCGAGGUCGUCUGCGCCGUCACCAUCAGCAACCCCACGCGCCACGUCUACACCGGCGGCAAAGGCUGCGUCAAGAUCUGGGACAUCAGCCAAUCAGGCAGCAAGAGCCCAGUGUCCCAACUAGACUGUCUGAACAGAGAUAACUACAUCAGGUCGUGUAAGCUCCUGCCGGACGGGCGCACGCUGAUCGUGGGCGGUGAAGCGAGCACCUUGACCAUCUGGGACCUGGCGUCUCCGACUCCUCGCAUCAAAGCGGAGCUGACGUCGUCCGCCCCGGCGUGUUACGCCCUCGCCAUCAGCCCCGACGCCAAAGUCUGCUUCUCCUGCUGCAGCGACGGGAACAUCGCCGUGUGGGACCUGCACAACCAAACUCUAGUCAGACAGUUCCAGGGUCACACAGACGGGGCGAGCUGCAUCGACAUUUCUCAUGACGGGACCAAACUGUGGACAGGAGGUCUGGACAACACCGUGCGUUCCUGGGACCUGAGGGAGGGACGGCAGCUCCAGCAGCACGACUUCACCUCACAGAUCUUCUCUCUGGGCUACUGUCCCACCGGCGAGUGGUUGGCCGUGGGGAUGGAGAGCAGCAACGUGGAGGUUCUUCAUCACUCCAAACCAGACAAGUACCAGCUCCACCUGCACGAGAGCUGCGUCCUGUCCCUCAAGUUCGCCUACUGUGGUAAAUGGUUUGUGAGCACAGGGAAGGACAAUCUGCUGAACGCCUGGAGGACUCCGUACGGCGCCAGCAUCUUCCAGUCCAAAGAGUCUUCGUCGGUGUUGAGUUGUGACAUUUCCACUGAUGAUAAAUACAUCGUGACGGGAUCUGGAGACAAAAAGGCCACUGUGUACGAAGUGAUCUACUGACCUGCUGCUGCUGCUGCUGCUGUCGUCUAAACACUGGACUCAGACUGUGCCCGGGUCCCCCGGGUCCCCCGGGUCCCGCGCCCGGGUCCUGCGCCCGGGUCCAUGCCCAGUCCUCUGGCACUGACUGGAAUGUACCUCUGCCCGUUCGUGACUCAACAUGUGGAGAAACGCUGCAGGACUCUGAGACUCGUGGGGCUGUUUGUUUUUUAAAUGUUUCUGUGGUGUUGAAGCAGAGCUUCAGCUGUGAAUAUUGUACAGACGAGGAAUAAAACUCUUUUGUAGAUUUUUA